UAUGUUGUCGGCCGUUUUGUUUUGAUUCAAUUUGUGUUGUCGGCCUCUCUGUUAUGUUCACAUCUUUAUUCAGAUCUCUUUGUACUGUUCUUCCAGUGUUGUAGUGUUGUCUCUUUCUCGGUGGCGUCGCUUUGAGGUGGCGUGGCUUGAGUAAAAAUAUUCACCUGGAUCUCCACAGUCCUAAUAAGCAUGUAUGUUCCCUGUGCGGACUUAAAUUGAACUCGAGGGCUUCGUUUUUUUAUUGUUAAUAUGCCUAUACUGUGCAAAUCUAAUUGUGGCAAUAAAGCAGUUCUUAAGCGUCCGAAAACAGCAGAUGCAUUGUGCAAGGAAUGCUUUUUUGCUGCCUUUGAGGCUGAGAUUCAUCACACAAUUACUUCCAGUAAACUGUUUAGACAUGGCGAAAAGGUGGCAGUAGCAGCAAGUGGUGGUAAGGACUCCACUGUAUUGGCACAUGUUUUAAAACUUCUCAAUGAACGUCACAAUUAUGGUUUGGAAUUAGUAUUGCUGUCCAUCGAUGAAGGCAUUACAGGCUAUCGGGAUGACAGCUUGGAGACGGUAAAGAAGAAUCGUGAUGACUAUGAAAUGUCGUUGAAAAUUUUGUCAUAUGAAGAGCUUUAUGGCUGGACAAUGGAUCGAAUAGUUGCACAAAUCGGCAGAUCGAAUAAUUGUACAUUCUGUGGAGUGUUUAGAAGGCAAGCGUUGGACAGAGGUGCCAAAUUGUUGGGUGUGGACAGCAUAGCGACGGGACAUAAUGCGGAUGAUAUUGCCGAAACCGUUAUUAUGAAUAUCUUACGUGGCGAUACGGCCAGAUUGAGCCGUUGUACCGACAUUAAGACCGGUGGAAGUGAAGAUUCUAUACCAAGAGUGAAACCUCUCAAGUAUACAUAUGAGAAAGAGAUUGUAAUGUAUGCCCAUUACAAGAAACUAGUUUAUUUUUCUACGGAAUGUGUUUUUGCACCAAAUGCUUAUAGAGGCCACGCUCGAGCAUUCCUCAAGGAUUUGGAAAAGGUCAGACCAUCGGUAAUUAUGGAUAUAAUACAUUCGGGUGAACAGCUACGAUUUAAGGAUACUGUAAAGAAACCUACACGAGGAAUAUGCGAAAGGUGUGGUUUCGUAUCAUCUCAGCAACCCUGUAAAGCCUGUGUACUGCUGGAAGGUCUAAAUAGAGGUCUACCAAAGCUGGGCAUUGGUAAAAAAUCAAAAGGUGACCGAAUGAUUGCGAAUCAGGAGAAGGAAAUGGCACUGAGAGAUAAAGCGAAUCUAGUUAAAAAUGAUUUUUAGUCAAAUAAAUAAAUGGUCAAAUUUAACUAGAAAA